UACACACAACUAUUCCCUAAGCUAAGCAAAAGCUGCGGCCUUUUAGCCUCCGGUGAUCGUCAGGUGCUGACUGCCGUGACGUGUUGCCGUCAAACUCUGCCCUGAGGCUUGAGAUAGCAGAGGUAUUUCCUGUGGUCGGGCCCGAAGCUCUCAGCUCCGGUGCCACAGGAGUGAGCAAAUCUGUGUUGUGGAUGGGGCCUUCUGCUUCUGUUCACGAAAUGGGAGAUAAUGGUAAUCUCAGCUUGAAAGAAAAUGUCUACGCCUAAUGUCACAGCAAGAGUGGAAACCUGGCUUUCAUCUACAUGGCACAUUAAAGUUCCUUUGACAUGGCUGGAAGCAUGUAUUAAUUGGAUUCAGGAAGAAAAUGGUGGUGGCAACUUAAGUCAAGCUCAAAUUAACAGGCAGGUGUUUGAGCAAUGGCUGUUUACAGACCUAAGAGAUUUGGAAUAUCCUGUUUUGCCUGUUGGUAUCUUAGAUGCCCCCAAAGGAGAGUUGUCUGGCUUUUACUCCCUGCAGAUUGACUCAUUGCUUGAUGUUAGCCAACCGGCAUAUUCCCAGUUGCAGAAAAUAAGAGGGAAAAGUACUGUAAAUGAAGAAGUAACAGCCAAUACUCAGGCAUUCCAGAAGCCCUGGGAAGCAAAGCCUACCCGAAUGCUGAUGCUGCAGCUAACUGAUGGGAUACAUCAAAUCCAGGGCAUGGAGUAUGAGCCAGUGCCUGUCCUCCAUAGCAACCUUCCACCUGGAACAAAAAUCACCGUGCAUGGUAAUGUUGCAUAUCGUCUUGGAGUCCUUUUGCUUAAACCAGAAAACGUAAAACUCUUGGGUGGUGAGGUGGAUGCUCUUCUGGAGGAGUAUUCUCAGGAAAGGGUCCUUGCUGGAUUACUUGGAGAAGCUGAGAACCCUGAUUCUGUUGGACAAGCAGGUCAUGAACAAAUUGUUCUAGGUCCUGUGGAUGAAUUAGGACAAACUCUAGGCCCUUCGGAUGAAGAGCUCUUGGCCAGUCUUGAUGAAAAUAAUGAUUUUAUUUUAAACAAUGAAAUAUCUUUAGAAAGUGGAUACUGGAGUAGAAGCAACAAUUUUAGUACAGCCUCAGGUUCACUCACUACACACAAUGAAAAUACUUUGCAACAGGAAUCAGUAAGUCUUUUGCCUCAUUCAGAUGAACAAACUCCACCUCUUAUGGAGUACGAUGAUGGCUUUUUAAAUGACUUUCCGUUGGAAGAUGACAUUCUUUUGGAAGAAGAGAUCCAAAGAGAACUAGAAGUAGUACCAUCAGUUGCCAGGAAUGGAAAUGUAAAUUUAAGUACUGAGAGAAUUCCACAUACAUACCAAAGCUCCCAUGGUUCAUCUUUAAAUGAAACUUCUGAAAAAGAUGAUGGAUAUAUAAGGGAGAAGCCUGUAGAAGUUAACAGCAAGCAAAAAAAUCUGGGAGGAACAGUAUCUACUGGAGAUAGAACUAGUAUUAGUGGCUUUUUACAGUGUAACAGUGUAUCUCAGGCUUGCAGCUCAGCGACUGUUCUUUUGGAAAUUCCUUAUGAAGAAAGACAGAAUGAUUUAGGCCUGGAUGAGAGCAGCUGUCAAUCCCGUCAUGCUCCUGACAGCAGGCAGUUGAACGAGGAUCCUGUAUCUUUCUCAAAAACUGAUCCAGAAGCAGAUCAGCAGGCCAUUCUUUGCAGACCAGAAAAUGCAUGCGAUCUCGAUUUAGAUUCUCCGCCUUUCACAUACAUUUCCCUUCUCCUUGCAAAAAAGCCAGAAACUGUUACAGUUGUGAAAGUGAAGUGUUUUAUUGUAACUCUUACUGGAAAUCUCACAAGCAGUAAUGGGUCCUGGGGUAUAAAAGCUAAAGUCUCCGAUGGCUCUGCUUACCUUGAAGUAGAUUUUGCUGAUGAUAUUCUAACAAGUUUGAUAGGAUUUUCAGUGCCUGAAAUGCAUAUGUUGAGAAAAGAUCCAGCUUUACAACCAAAGCUUAAGGAUGGUUUAGAAAGAUGUCAGAAACAAUUGAUAGAUCUCUGUUGUUUGAUGACUAUAGAGUUUAAUCCAUUUCAGUCUAAAGCCACUGUCUUAAUUCUACAGGAUAUUGAUGCAAGACAUCUGGAACAAUUGAAGAAACGUUUAAAUAAAGAACAUGUACAACGCUACUGACCUAACAGAAACAUUUAGAUUAAUAUUUCCUCCAAGAGCUGAAAAUUUAACAUUUUGAAGUUAAGUGGUAUGCCUCUUCUUUCAGAGAAAGUUGUAGAAAAAUGAGAAGAGGGGAUGAAUUGAUGGGAAAAAAUUUGUCACUGUGCUUCUUAAGUGACAGCAUUGAAAUACAUUUUUCACAUAGUUCUGGCUUGAUUUAAAAUGUUCAUGUAUUGUUUUAAUUUAGCAAAAUCUUCUGUGUUCUUGACUGGUAUUCUGUAGGAGCAGAUUUUGUCAGGAAAUAGAAUAAUAAAGAACAAACCUGCUUGUUCUUACUCUUUCACAAGGAUGAAUUCUUACCUGAUAUUUAAAAGGUAGCUGUGGAGGAAAGCAGUUGAGUAAAUCACGAUAGAAUUAUUGUUCACUUUUGAUCACUUCUGAAUAUGCCAGCUUGAAAACUUGAGUGGAUAGUGUUUGUGCAAGAGCCUGAGGUAUAGAGAAGUGGAAGAUUUUCUUCUAAAUAUUCAGGUGUAGAAAAAUCAAAAAACCUACAUAUACAUAAAUGGGAUUAAAAAAAAAAAAACCAACUGUAUGUAAGAGGUUUGGCAAUUAAAAAAUAUAUAUUUUAUUAGCAGAAAAUAAUUAUUUUAACAAAUAUGUUUCUAUGUUUUGGCAUGUUAAUCAUUGCUAAUAUUUUUGAACUCAGGCAAACUUAUUCAUUAGCUCUUACAGUGUUUAUUAGUCUAAUCUCUCCACAGAGUUGCUAAAUACUUGUGCUACAAAUCUCCUGUAUAGUAAUAUUGGCCUUAAUUUUUGUUUUGUAUUUCUGCUUUUAGAGUGCAUAAAAGUAAACAUUAAACUUCUUUUAUAAAUUUUGGUGAAAGCUGUUUUGUCACCUUCAGAGAAAAGUUGUAAGUCUUCUUGAGUGUAUAGAGAAUGAGAAAUAUUUUUGUUUUUGUUCUUCCCUUUUCUUCUUCCCACCCUUUAACCUUCAUUUUGCUGUUUGAAAUGAGUAGAAUUCUGAAUUCUUCUAGGAGUAGGGUGAUGACAGCAGAAGUCUGUGCAAUGUUGAGAGAGCUUGCAGAGAAUGUAAAAUCGGUAGUGAAAGAGGGAUUUUUCAUUUGGGUUGUCAUUAUUUAACUUUUUCACAGCCUUUUCUCUUUCUAAACCAUGGCUGCUAUAACUUUGGAAGUUGCUGUGAGACUCUGUCAGUAUUGCUUCCCUGCUUUGCCCCCAAUCGAGAGUUUUUCUUCAAGACUCCAAGAUAAGAAACGAAAUAAAAUUUCAGCAUACUUAAUUAACAGCAACGUAUCAAAGAAGCAGUGACGUAACUUGUUGUGUGUACCAGUUGGUUUGUGCACAAUUCACUUUAUUGGCGAUCAGAACCAACUUCGCUAUUUCUGAUCCCGAUGCUUAUGUGCUAUCCAGAAUUCUCUGCAUUACAGUCCCUGAAGAAAUGGAACAGCAGAACAGCAACAGUGACAGAAAUGGGAAGUAAGGUCAGCCUGACACUGCAAUUUUGUUAAGCUCCACAGAAGAGGCACCAGUUUCCUAUAUAUCAGCUUCUGCUACCCGUGUACCAGACUUCUAUAUCAAAUUUUCAAAGGUUUCCUAAAUACGAAGUGAGCUAUACAACCAGACUGUAUGAAUCCCACUUGAGAGAUGUUCAACAGCAAUUCAGAAGCGUUCUUCACUGAGUUGGCAGUGGACUUGGAAUUGUCUCCCCAAAGCUGUGUUCAUGGUUUCUGGAGUUCAAGGAAUGUUUGGGCAGUGCUCUCAGUUAUGUGAUCUGAUUUUUGGGUGGUGUUGGAUGGAGCCAAGUGUUGGACUCAAUGAACCUUGUGGGUCUCUUCCAACUGAGGGUAUUCUGUGGCUCUAUGAUUCUGUUUUUUUUGUUUGUUUGUUUGUUUGUUUGUUUUUGGUUUUUUUUUUCACAGAUCAGAAAAGCUCCAGGAUUGGAUUUGUGUAUAUUGAAAGCUAAACAACAAUAAGGCUGUGUUGGUCAUUAGUGUUUACAACUUCAACGUCAGUUCAACUGGAAAAGUAAACCAUGUCUCAUCUUCAUUACAGUUAGUGAAACAUCAGCUUUGGGUCUCCUGACAUCAUAUUAUGUACAAAAUACAAAUGUUCCUGUAGUGUACUAUAAUCAUCCGCAGGUAAUUUUUGUCUUUCUUUUUAUGGAAGAGAAAUGAAGAAUCGAUGAAUGAUUGCACCUUCAGAUGAACUCAUCACAUGCACCUAACUUUGUCUGAAUGUACAAUAUAGAAUUUUAAUUAAUACAUACUUGGGUGAAUAUUUUGUAUAUAUGUAGCUGCUUGCAUAUUUGUAUAAAAAUUAGUGAUUGCA